UGCAUGUCCUGGUAGGAAGCGUAACUUACAGGGAAGCCAGUAAGUUCUGAAAAGAAGGAAAUAAACACAGGCACCAAACCAUGAUCCUAAGCUGAUUGUCCUUUAAAUAUGUCAAGAUCCAGACUUUUCAGUGUCACUUCAGUGAUCUCAACAAUAGGGAUCUUGUGUUUGCCACUAUUCCAGUUGGUGCUCUCGGACCUACCAUGUGAAGAAGAUGAAAUGUGUGUAAAUUAUAAUGAUCAACACCCUAAAGGCUGGUAUAUCUGGAUCCUGCUGCUGGUUUUGGUGGCAGCUCUUCUCUGUGGAGCAGUGGUUCUCUGCCUCCAGUGCUGGCUGAGGAGGCCCCGAAUUGAUUCUCACAGGCGCACCAUGGCCGUUUUUGCUGUUGGAGACUUGGACUCCAUUUAUGGGACAGAAGCAGCUGUGAGUCCACCUGUUGGAAUUCACCUUCAAACUCAAACCGCUGACCUAUAUCCUGCUCCUGCUCCAUGUUUUGGCAUGUUAGGCUCCCCACCUCCAUAUGAAGAAAUUCUAAAAACAAGCUGAUUUUAGGUGUGGAUUAUCAAUUUAAAGCAUUAACGACAUCUGUAAUUCCAAAACAUCAAAUUUAGGAAUAGUUAUUUCAGUUAUCAGAAAUGUCCAGAGGUCUAUUCAUAUAGUCUGAGGAAGGACAAUUCGACAAAAGAAUGGAUGUUGGAAAAAAUUUGGGUCAUGGAGAUGUUUAAAUAGUAAAUUAGUGGGCUCUUGAUGUGUCACUGCUGUGUCAUACUUUUAUGCUACACAACCAAAUUAAUGCUUUUCCACUCAUACCCAAAUAGGCAACGAUUAGGUGCUGAAAGUUGUUUCCAUCACGUUUAGGGCUCCACUGCAGUAUACAUCACACCAUUUUCUGCUUUAAACUCUUUCCUAGUGUGGAGUCCAUAAAAAUUAUUAUAAUUUAACAAUAGCCCAAGCCAAGAAUCCAACAUGUCUGGAACCAGAACCAGAACCAGAAAGAUAAUAUUUGAAUGAAGGUGAGGGGAGAGAGUAGGAAAAAGAAAGGUUUGGAGUUGAAGGGUAAAGGAUAAAUGAAGAGGAAAAGGAAAAGAUUACAAGUCUCAGUCUAAGAGGUUUUAUGCCUCAGCCUGAGGAGGAAGAAAUUGUAGAUAGAAGGUGAAGGAGAUUGCUGAAGAUUUGGAGCACGUUUAAUGACAAUACGGGGAGAAAAGAAAAGUUCCCCUUUUACAGGAAUGAAUGUGGACUCCAUAGUCCAUAGUGUUUCCCUGGAGCCUCAAGGCUUGGCAUUUAUUGCAGCACCAUUCUAAGAACCUUCGGCAUAGAUACCUGUUCUCAUGAGGACUGCAGAAGUAGCAAUGAGAUAUCUUCAAGUGGCAUUUUGGCAGUGGCCAUCAGCAGGGGGACAGAAAAAAACAUCAUGCCAUAUGAUCUUCAGCUGACAAAUUUGUUGAACAAAACAAUAAACAUCAAUAGAUAUCUCAAAUUUAACUUGACCAAACUUAUUUCCUAAUCUUCUUUUUCCAAAUCUGUUUUAUCCAAACCUUCCCCAUCUCAGUUAACUGCAACUGUUGCUCAGGCCAAAAAAAUACUUGGAGCCAUAGAAGCUAGGGUAAUCCUUUGUAAUAAACUAUCUUAAGAGCAGUUUUAGGUCCACAGGAAUAUUGAGCAGAAGGUAGAGAGAUUUCUUAUAUACACCCUGCUUUGACACUUAUAUAACCUCCCCCAUUACCAACAUCUCUCGCCAGAGUGAUACACUUCUUACAAUUGACGUGCCUAUACUGACAUCAUUAUCAUCCAAAGUCCAUAGAUUAUAUUAUGACUCACUCUUGGUGUUGUACAUUCUCUAGGUCUGGCAAAUUUAGAAUGACAUGUACCUACCAUUACAGUGUCCCACAAAGUAAUUUCACUGCCCCUGAAAGUCCUCUGUGCUCUGCCUAUCUAUCCUUUCUUCCCUCCCUUCUAAAUCCAAACAACCACUGGUCUUUUUAUUUUCUCCAUGGCUUUGCAUUUUUAGAAUGCCCUAUAGUUGGAAUCAUACAGUAUGUAGCCUUUUCAGGUUAGCUUCUUUAACCUAGUAAUAUGCACGUAAGUUUCCUCUAUGUCUUUUCAUGGCUUGAUAGCUCAUUUCUUUUCAGGGUUAAAUAAAAUCCAUUGUCUGCUUUACCAAAGUUUACGUAUGCCUUCACCUGGUGAAGGAUAUCUUGGUUGCUUCCAAGUUUUGGCAAUUAUGCAUAAAGCUACUGUCAAUAUCCAUAUGCAAGAUUUUGUGGAGAUAUAAGUUUUUAACUCCUUUGGGUAAAUACCAAGAGCAUGUUUGUUGGAUUGUAUGUUUAGUUUUGCAACAAAACCACUAACCUAUCUUUCAAAGUGUCUGUACCAUUUUGGAAUUCUAGUGGCAAUGAAUGAGAGUUCCUGUUGCUCCACAUUCUCACCAGCAUUUGAUGUUCUCAGUCUUCUGAAUGUUGGCCAUUCUAAUAGAUACGCAGUAGUAUUCCAUUGUUGUUUUAAUUUGCAAUUCCCUAAUGACACAUGAUGUAAAGAAACUUUUAAUAUGUGGAGUAAUCUUUUUAUAAUAUAAGGAGCAUCAUGUACUUUUCUACUGGUAGUCUGGUAUGUUUCUUCCAGGGCUAGAAUGUAAAUCUUCAAGUGAAGGAAAUCAUUGCCUGUACUUAAGUUUUAAAGUAAUGUUUCCUAGUUCUGGAAAUCCCCGAAAAACUGGAAGAGGAUUUAAUGGGGGUAAGGCCUUAUGAAAGUGAGGGUGACUAAAAGCCAGACACAGCUGACUUAGUGCUGUUAACAUAAUCUCACUUGUAUCUGCUGAUGAAAAAGAUAUGAAGAAGCUUGUGUUUAUGUACUGCAGUAGUCUCUGGUGUGUGUGUAGGGCUAUAUGGUGAACAAACUGUUUUCAUAUAUGCUAUCAGAUUUUAUUCUAAUGACAAUUUUGUGACCUGGCUAUUCCUAACUUCAAAUUAAACAUGGCAGAAUGAA